CAAGCCAUAUUUUCUAAUCUUAAACCAUAUACGUUGGAUCGAGAAAAUUGUAUACACGCAUAUUGUGCGCAUCAUGUCUCCCUCAAGGGACUCACUGGUGGACGCUCUUAGUAUGAAAGGAGGAACAGGAGAACACAGUUACGCUACUAAUUCACAUUAUCAGAGAAGUGUUUUCUAUAAGAUACAACAUGUGAUGACAAAAAACGUAAGAGAAAUGCUAGAGAAAAUUGGUUUUCCUGAUUUCAUCAAAGUGACAGACUUGGGUUGUUCUACUGGACAAAACACGGUGUUGGCCAUGUCCGCGAUAGCCAACACGAUCAUGGACUCGUACCAACAAAUGGGCAAAACCCCACCAGAAAUCUAUUGUUAUUUGAACGAUCUUCCAGAGAACGAUUUCAAUACAACCUUCAAGUUGGUUCCUUCUUUCCUAAAGAAGCAAAAAACGGAAUUUAAAGAAAGGUGCUUUGUCUCGGGAGUCCCCGGUUCUUUCUACUCAAGGCUAUUCCCAAGAAAGUCUCUCCAUUUUGUUCAUUCAGCUUUUAGUAUCCAUUGGCUCUCUAAAAUUCCAGACGGGCUUGAGGGCAACACAAAAAGCAUUCAUAUUAAACAUCCAUACACUCCAAAUGUCUACAAGAGUUAUUUGAAUCAGUUCAAGAAUGAUUUUUCGGUUUUCCUUAAAAUGCGUUCAGAAGAGAUAGUGCAUAAUGGACAUAUGGUUCUCACGUUCGUAGGCAGAAAGGCUUCCAACACUUUAUCCAAUGACUGCUUCCAAGUUUGGUCGUUGUUAUCCGAUUGCCUCCGCGAUCUAGCAUCCGAGGGGUUUGUUAAGCAAUCAGAAAUGGAAUCGUUUAACAUGCCAUUCUACAAUCCAAGUGAACAAGAGGUGAGGGAUGUUAUCUUCAAGGAAGGUUCCUUCGAGAUCAAAAAGAUUGAUAAAUUCGACCAUAUUGUCCCGUACAAAAUUGACCUUGAGGAAGAAAAUGAUGAGGACCAAUCAUUUCACAUGGAAGCUGGUAUAAAGCAUGCAAGGUGGGCAAGAUGCAUCACCGAACCUUUGCUUGUUGCUCAUUUUGGAGAUGCAGUUCUCGAACCCGUGUUCAACAAGUACGCACAUUAUAUGGCCAAGUAUCUUAGCGUUCCAAACCAUCGCCCUAAUAUGACACUCGUCUUCGUAAUUUCGUUGAUUAGGAAAUAAGGUCAUUGUUUUGAUGUGGUGGGAUGAUAAAUGACCCCACGAAACAAAAAGUCAGUUUCAAAAUUCUAAAAAAUGGACUUAAA